GCCAUCGAUAGUUCUCCACCUCCCAGUGGGAUUCCCAAGUAGAUCGUGUAGAUGUGUAAAAUUCACAGUCUUUAAGCGAUCUAUUGCGAUUUAGGAAAUUACCAAGUUCCGAAAGCAAGGAAAAAUAGUUUAUUUCUACAGGAAUCAAAUAAAGGGUAUAAUUUGUCAUGGAUUGGCAAAACGGAUUAAUCAGAGACAUGGUUAAACCAGAAUACUUGAUAGUUUCAUCAGAACUAGGCGUUGCUAUAGCAGACAAGUUUCCUAAGGCGAUGCAUCACUAUUUGGUGCUUCCAACAGCCGAUAUUCCCAGCAUCUUUGUGUUAAACCGGAGCCAUUUGCCGCUUUUGGGAGAGCUUUACCGUCUGGCCCGAAAUGCCGUAGAGAAGAAGGGGGUGCCCUGGGAGGACUUCCAGGUGGGAUUCCACGCGGAGCCCAGCUUGCACAGGCUCCAUUUGCAUGUCAUCUCAACGGAUUUCGUAUCACCAAGUCUGAAGACCAAAAAACAUUGGAACUGCCACAACACCGAACUAUUUGUGCCCUACGAAAAACUGUACAAACAACUGGAAAAGGAUAAUUGCUUUUCGCGAUUUCCAAAAUCGCUGGUAAAGGAGCUGCUAGCCAAGCCGCUGGUUUGUAACCAGUGUGAAUUUGCCUCCGAUUCGCUGCUAAAUCUUAAAACCCACUUACUGAAUCACUGGCAGUGUAAAGAAGACGAGCGUAAGGAGAGUACAAAAUUGGAUAACAUAACUAAAAUGAUGAAUGAGGCGAAACUAGACACAAAAAUGAUGCCAUUAUGCCACAAUCAAGGCUCAAAAAAUCCUUUUCAAUUACCGCCCAAGCAGCAGGCCGUGAAAGAAUGUGCCAAUCAUAAACUUGAUCUUUCAACCACUGAAAUGAUACAGCGAAACAAUCCGCCAUUCAACUUUCAAGCGAUGAAUCCGCUGAAAUCAAAUAAUGCACCCAGAUAUCCGCAACAUCAUGGGUCCAGGCCUAUUUGGAAUGGUCCUUCCUUUCCGCCUUUUCAACAUCAAAUCAACUAUAGGUAUCCGAUGUUAAAUGGAUUCCGAGGACCAUCUAAUAUUAUCCAGCAUGGAUUUCCGCAUUAUCCAAAUCAGACAUUUGUCGGCCCGGGAGCUUGGCCAAGUGGUCAACAAAGUGGAGUGAGAUCGAAAUCGAUACCAAGAAAUUAUCAACAAAAUCAAAAUCAACAGAAUGCUCAACAGAACUCAAAUUUGCAGCACCUAACUCAUAAUGUGAAUCGAAAUCAGGUAAAUCGCUCAAAUCGUCAGAAUCCCAAUCAAAAUCGACAAAAUUCUUUUCAGCAAAACAAGAACCAAAAUAAGAAAGCUACAAAACCAAUAAAUCAACCUUCUGGCAAUCUUCAUGACCAAGAAGCUACGGCUCCGCCACCUUAAAUCUAUCGCAAACCUUUUAAUAAUUUUUUAAAAAAAAUUAUAUAACAUGGAGAAUGGUACAUGUACUGUGUACAUGAACAUACAAUAAUGUUUGUUCAAAAUGAGUAAGCUACCAGAAAAAUUGGCUUUAAAAACAGUUCAUUUGAGUUUGAAAUCAUUUUAAAUAUUUUAUGACUGGUACAGUUACACGCAUUUUAUUUUUAAAUUAUUAUCUAAGAUAUAAAACAUUUUGAAAGUCCUUAAUUGCUCGAAU